AUGUCUUCAGAUUACGCUAUUGGUCAAUUCCGUUUCCUCCAGCGUCUUCUGUUGGUCCACGGCAGAUGGUCCUACCGUCGUCUCGGAGAGUGCACGGCCAACUUCUUCUACAAGAACCUGGUGUGGACGUUUGCUCUUUUCUGGUACUGUAUCUACAACGACUUCGAUUGUUCCUAUCUCUUCGACUACACCUACAUCAUCUUGGUCAACCUUGCCUUCACUUCUCUUCCUGUGAUCUUCAUGGGUAUCUUCGAUCAAGAUGUGGAUGACAAAGUUUCUCUGGUCGUGCCUCAACUUUACAUGAGAGGUAUUGAGCGCAAAGAAUGGUCGCAGACCAAGUUCUGGUUGUACAUGGCCGACGGAGGUUAUCAGUCCAUCAUCUGUUUCUUCAUGCCUUAUCUCCUUUAUGCACCCGCAAACUUUGCCAAUGCAAGCGGCAGGAAUAUCAACGACCGCGCACGUAUGGGUAUUCUGGUUGCAUCGUGUGCCGUCAUUGCUAGCAACCUCUACAUCAUGAUGAACACCUACCGAUGGGAUUGGUUCACUGCUCUGAUCAACGCCAUCAGUAGUAUCUUGAUCUUCCUGUGGACCGGUAUCUACACGUCAUUCGUUUCCUCCGGCCAAUUCUACCAUGGUGCUGCCGAAGUUUACGGAUCGCUGAGUUACUGGGUUGUGCUCUUGCUGACUGUCUUGAUCUGCUUGCUCCCACGUUUCACGUACAACGCCGUUCAGAAGGUGUUCUUCCCACUCGAUGUCGACAUCAUCCGCGAGCAAGUGACGCAAGGCAAGUUCAAGUAUCUGGAUGCAAUCCAAGACCCUCCCAUGCCCCCAAAGGAGGGAAAGGACGGCGAUCUCAAGCCGGUCACUCCCAGCAACGACUCGGCCACCUCUUCGGAGUUGGCAAAGCCAGUGCAGCCAACCAUGAAGCAGGACCCUGGUCUUCACGAUGAAGAGCGACCGUUCUACGCUCCAUCCAUGGCUCCGACCGCGAACACCCACAAUCCUCGCAGUCAGAAUGGCAGCAAUGGAACAAAUUACACUGCCAGCCUUGACCAAUAUCCACGGCCGCAAUCUGUGGAUUAUGUUCGACGAUCUCACGACCGGACACGGCACUCCUUCGAGCGCAGUCGGCCAAGCUUUGAACAGAGCAACGACUUUACCUCCGCGGCUAUGCUAUCGCGGGUAGAGUCAUCGCAGACUCCAAAGCAUCAGCACGAAGACCCGUUCCGAACCCCUGACGAUCCUCCUGUACAUAACAUGAUUUAA